GUCCCUUUUUUACAGUUCCCAGACCCUGAAGGACACAUAUACGCCACUCGAGUGAAACCACGAACAAAAAUAUAUACCCUUAUCUACCCAAAACUACAAUGAUAUACCUCAAAAGCUAGCUUCUCUCCCACACUACUACACGCCAAUAUCCAACACCAUGGGCUUGCACAUGUUGGCGCUAGCCAGCAAGAUCAACUUCUUAUCAGUUUCACACAGUGUGGCUCCAGUACUUGUAAGCCUAAUAUGCCCUUUUGCGCUUAAAGUCGCAUUCAGUGUUGGGAUUGUUCGUCGUGGUUAUGCCGACUUGGUUUAUGCGGCGAGGCUCUUCUUUUUCCAGAUGAGUCAAAUUGCGCUUGAUAGAGAGCCUUCUCUAAGCAGCGGUGGCAGUACCAGAUGGGAAAGAGUUGUCCGGUUAGUCUAUCAGAGGGUAGCCCAUGCGAGACGGACAACAGUAUCCGAUGCGGAUAGCUUUCACACCCUCUCUGUCAUCACACUUUAAUUAAGGAUCUACUACAUUGAUCCGCACCAGGUGAGGUUUUUACAUACACUCGCUGUGAUCAAAAAGAAAAGAAAAAAGAGAGAGAGAGAGAGAGUCUGUGUACAUAUAAUUUAUCAUUUCCAGUUUCAUUUCAUAAUCAUGCAAACAAAUAUUGUAAGUUUUGUGACUAAGGCUCGCACGAUUUUGUUCUUCUUUGACGAUUUUGUUCUUCGAUCUUUGACGAUU